AUGGCCGAUAAAUAUCUAGCGGACAUAAAAGUCCGUCGAACUUGCUACUCAAUAAAACCCGAAUCUCCAAUCAGCGACAGUCGUAUUGUCGAGAUAUCUCACGAGGUAGUCAAACACACUCCAAGCUCUUUUAAUUGCCAGUCCACUAGAUUGGUCAUCCUACUACGCGAUGAGCAUGUCGAGUUCUGGAAUCUGGCUAGGGAGUGCUUCGCAGCCACACUACAGCCAGCUGUCUACCUAGAGUACGAGAAAAAGUUGAUCCAGCGUCAGCAAGCAUACGGCACGAUACUUUUGUUCGAAGACCUGGACGUGGUACGAGAAUAUCAGUCUCGGCAGCCCCGUUUUGCCUGGCACCUCCCGGUCUUCUCGGAACACAACAAUGCGAUGGUAGCGUUCAAUCUCUGGACGGCGUUGAGUCUCGAAGGCUUCGGAUGCAACCUUCAGCAUAUCAACCCUACAAUCGACCAGAGAAUUGUUGGCCGCUGGAACAUAUCUCCACAGUGGUCAUUGAAAGCUCAAUUGGUAUUCGGAACGCCUGUAGGCGAACCUCUCCACGAAAAGGCCUUCAAGCCAACGGAGGAUAGGGUAUUUGUCCACUCUGACAGUUGA